CAGAAAAACAUUGUGCAGGAGCAUUACCACGGAGGAGCUUUUUUGGACGAAUCCGGCAGAGGAGGAAGGUGUUCCGCUGGUCCCCUGUUUGGAGAGGAAAGGAGGAUGAGAGAAGAGCCAGAAUCAGUUGGUCAAGAAGCAAGGAAAGGCCCUGAUGCCACUGAGGCUGAGAGCGGAAGGGAUAUGGUGGAAGGAACCAUGCAGAAGAGCCUGGGAGAGGAUUUCCCCCCUUCAGAUAUGCAGCGCCAGCAAUUCAGGCACUUCCACUACCCAGAAAUGAAAGGGCCCCGAGAGGCUUGCAGCCGACUGCAUCAUCUUUGCCACCUGUGGCUGAAGCCAGAAAGGCACAGCAAGAAGGAGAUCUUGGACCUGGUGGUCUUGGAGCAAUUCCUGGCCGUCCUGCCCCCAGAGAUGGAGAUCUGGGUCAGGGAAUGUGGGCCAGAGACCAGUUCCCAGGCAGUUUCUCUGGCAGAAGGGUUCCUCCUGAGCCAAGCAGAUACCAAGAAUCAGGAGCAGCAGGUGCAGAAAAAGAUUGUGCAGGAGUGUUACCACGAAGGAGCUUUUCUGGGCGAGGCCUUGAAACCAAUGAAGUAUCCUUUCCCAUCUCUCUGCGAUGGAGAGAAAGCAGCUCCUCUGUGGUUAGGUGGGGCUCUGGUGACUUUUGAGGAGGUGUCUGUGCAUUUCUCUGAGGAGGAGUGGGCUAUGCUGGAUCCGGGCCAAAGAAGCCUUCACAAAGAAGUCAUGGAGAACAAUCGUCAGACUGUGGCCUCUCUGGAGGCUGAUGGUCCACAUAAAAAGCCUAAGAAAGAACCACAACAGCUCCCAUUGGAAAGGGAACAGCAAAGACGAUGGAAGAGGAGGAAUGAAUCAUCUGCUUCUCAGGGUGCUGAAUCCCAGGACAUCCUGCCAUUCCAUGGAAGAAUCACUUGCCCCAUAUGUAGAAAAGAAUUCCUUUGCCAAUCAGUGUUUGAUAUACAUUGGAGAAAACACACAGGAGAUAAACCACAUCAAUGUGUGGACGGUGGAAUGAGCUUUGUUCACAGUACAGAGCUUACAAUCCAUCGACUUAGCCAUACAGGUAAGAAAUCAUUUAAAUGUGUGGAUUGUGGAAAGAACUUUGCUCGGAAUCCAGAGCUUACUGUCCAUCGACGUAUCCAUACAGGUGAGAAACCAUAUAAAUGUGUGGACUGUGGAAAGAGCUUUGCUCAGAGUGCAUACCUUACUGUCCAUCGACGUAUCCAUACAGGGGAGAAACCAUUUAAAUGUGUGGACUGUGGAAAGAGCUUUGCUCAGAGUACAUACCUUACUGUCCAUCGACGUAUCCAUACAGGGGAGAAACCUUUUAAAUGUGUGGACUGUGGAAAGCGCUUCGCUCAGAGUGGACAGCUUACUGUCCAUCGACGUAUCCAUACCGGGGAGAAACCAUAUAAGUGUGAAGACUGUGGAAAGAGCUUUACUCAGAGUCCAUCCCUUACUGACCAUCGACGUAUCCAUACGGGGGUGAAACCUUUUAAAUGUGUGGACUGUGGAAAGACGUUUGUUUGGAGUUCGAACCUUAUUGCCCAUCAACGUAUCCAUUCAGGGGAGAAAGCAUAUAAAUGUGUAGACUGUGGAAAGAGCUUUACUUGGAAUACGCAGCUUGCUGUCCAUCGAGGUAUCCAUACUGGGGAGAAACCUUUUAAAUGUGUGGACUGUGGAAAGACCUUUGUUCGGAGUUCAAAACUUAUUGCCCAUCAAUAUAUCCAUUCAGGGGAGAAACCAUAUAAAUGUAUGGACUGUGGAAAGAGCUAUGCUUGGAGUACUCAGCUUACUGUCCAUCGACGUAUCCAUACUGGGGAGAAACCAUAUAAGUGUGAGGACUGUGGAAAGAGCUUUGCUCAGAGUCCAUCCCUUACUUGCCAUCGACGUAUCCAUACUGGGGAGAAACCAUAUAAAUGUGUGGACUGUGGAAAGAGCUUUACUCAUAAAGCACAGCUUACUGCCCAUCAACGUAUACAUUCAGGGGAGAAACCGUUUGAAUGUGUCAAGUGUGGAAAGAGCUUUACUUGGAGUUCAAGCCUUAUUGUCCAUCGACGUAUCCAUACAGGGGAGAAACCAUAUAAGUGUGAGGACUGUGGAAAGAGCUUUGCUAGGAAUGCACAUCUUCACGCCCAUCGACGUAUCCAUUCAGGGGAGAAACCAUUUAAAUGUGUGGACUGUGGAAAGUGCUUUACUUGGCGUGCGCAGCUAACUGUCCAUCAACAUAUCCAUACAGAGUAGAAACGAUGUAAGUAUGAGGGCUGUGGAAAGAGCUUUGCUUAGAGUACAGCAUGUUACAUCCAUCAAUAUAUCCAUUCAGGGAAAAAGCCAUAUAAUUGUGAGGACUGUGGAAAGCGCUUUGUUCGGAGUACAGAUUUUAACGUCCAUCAACGUAUCCAUUCAGAGGAGGAACCAUAUAAAUCUGUGGACUGUGGAAAGAGCUUGUUCAGAGUGCAUACCUCGCUAUCCAUCAAUGUAUCCAUAUAGGGAGAUACCAUAUACUGUAUACCCUGCAGCUGUGGACAAGUUUAUGUCGGGACCUCGAAGCGUAGCAUCCAGACAAGAAUAAAAGGAACAUGAAAGACACUGCAGACUUGGACAACCUGAACAUAGCCUAACUCAAACAGGACACAGUAUCUUAUUCCAGGACACCAAAAUACUGGACAACACUUCCAACUACUUUGUCAGACUGCACAGGGAAGCCAUUGAAAUUCACAAGCAUAAGCACAAUUUCAACAGGAAAGAAGAAACUUUAAGAAUGAAUAGAGCAUGGUUUCCAGUCCUGAAAAACACCAGGCUAACAAAACACUCUACACCCGACAAUAGCCCUGCAGAGAAGAUUAGCACAUCAAGCACCAAUCCAUAUGCAAAAGAACCUCCUCAGGAUACAGUGAAGCUUCCCUCCAUUAGCAUUCCACACCCUGGGAAACUCUUACAGGAUGACUCAGCUCAACCCCACCCUCCUGAGUAGAUAUAAAUGACCUGCCAACAUCUUUUCCACACUGUGACACUGAGAGAUCUCUGUCUUUUGGUGCUACACCGCUGAAGAUGCCAGCCACAGCUGCUGGCGAAAUGUUAGGAACUACAGUGCCAAGACCACAGCUAUACUGCCCGGAUAAUCCACAACAACCAAAGCAACUAGGGUUGAAGACAUUUGAGAAAGUUCAGAAGCUCCAAAGGUGCUUCUGAACAUGACAAUGGUUCUUCUGUGGCCAAUAGACCGAUAAGCUUUCCCAGGACAGGGAGAGGAGCAGGCAGCCACAGUUGCUAUCGUCACUGUUCAAACAGUGGCUCACACAGGCCAUGAGAGUCGGGCUGCUCAGAAGAUGCUGUCCAUCCACCCGACACCAUCUGUGAAGAAAAGCACACCAUAAUUAUACACUGAGUUACUCUAGGAAAUUGGACUUUAUUCAUUUAUCUGAUUGAGACUUACUUUUGGAUCCUUGAGAUACCUGUUGAAUGGCCUGACAUUUAUUGUUUCACUGGAGAUUUGUGUUUGGAUCCUAUGUUGCUUCAUUGAUUGCACCCGUUAAAUAUUCUA